CCGGAAAUUAAAAAUCCAGCAACAUGGAUCUCGAAAAUAUUUUAAAAUUUCUGGAACAUAUUGAUGGAAUUGACACUAUACAACUGGCUAAAGAGUUUGAUGUUGAUCACCAGAAGAUAGUCGGAGCUGUGAAGAGCUUAAAUUCACUGGGAGACUAUAUAAAUUGUGAACAACGUACAGUUAAGCAAUUAGAAUUAACUAAAGAAGGGCUAGGUGUAAUAGAGAAUGGAAGUCACGAAGCACUCGUAUAUAAUGCCAUACCAGGUGAUGGCUUGUUGCAAGCAGAGUUAAUGAAAAAUGUACCAAAUGCCAAGGUUGGAUUCAGUAAGGCAAUGUCUGCAGGUUGGAUAAGCAUGGACAAAAAAGCAGAAGGAGGUCCCAGGGUAUUUAAAAAAGUAGAAUCAAUAGAAGAUAAAGUCCAGCAAUGUCUGAAACAACUACAAGAUCUCAGUAUAGGGGAUGGCAAUAUAACUGACCAACAGAAAUCAGAAUACAAAAAGAGGAAACUCAUAGCAGAUGUCAAGAUGACCAGCUACUACAUCACUAAAGGCAGUAACUUCUCUACCUCUAUAUCUAAACCUGAGACAGAUCUAACCCCAGAGAUGAUUUCGAGUGGUUCAUGGAAAACUAAGACAUUCAAGCCAUAUAACUUUGAAGCGCUUGGUAUCAUGCCCCCCAGUGGUCACCUUCAUCCUCUACUCAAGGUCCGCACACAAUUUAGACAGAUCUUCUUAGAAAUGGGUUUCUCUGAGAUGCCUACCAAUAACUACAUUGAAAGCAGCUUCUGGAAUUUUGAUGCCCUCUUCCAGCCUCAGCAGCAUCCAGCUAGAGAUGCUCAUGAUACAUUCUUCAUAUCUGAACCAGCUAAUGCACAUGAGUUUCCUGCAGAAUACUUAGAGAGAGUGAAAAAAGUCCAUUCUCAAGGAGGCUAUGGGUCACAAGGGUAUGGCUAUGACUGGAAGAUAGAGGAGGCCCAGAAGAAUCUAUUGAGGACCCAUACCACUGCAGUCAGCGCUAGGAUGUUAUAUAAACUUGCACAACAGGAAAAAUUCACUCCAGUAAAGUACUUCUCAAUAGACCGUGUUUUCCGCAAUGAGACACUCGACGCAACACAUCUGGCUGAGUUUCACCAGGUUGAGGGGGUGGUGGCAGACUAUGGCCUCACCCUGGGGGAUCUCAUGGGCGUCAUACAUGCCUUCUUCAAAAAACUUGGAAUCACAAAGCUGCGUUUCAAGCCCGCUUACAACCCAUACACAGAACCAAGCAUGGAAAUAUUCAGUUAUCAUGAAGGUCUAAAGAAGUGGGUUGAGAUUGGCAAUUCUGGAAUAUUCCGGCCUGAGAUGUUGUUACCUAUGGGACUUCCAGAGGAUGUAUCUGUCAUAGCAUGGGGAUUGUCUUUGGAAAGGCCAACAAUGAUAAAAUAUAAACUGAACAACAUUCGAGAAUUGUUUGGACCAAAAGUGGAUUUACAAAUGGUUUAUGAUAACCCCAUAUGCAGAAUCGAUAAACAGUAGAUACAAUUAGAAUAUGCGACAGGGAGCAUUUAGUAUUUAUUAUCUCAUAUUCAGUGUAAUUUGAUACACCUCUGCUCGACUAAUGAGCCACAAAGGGGAAAUAAUUCUCUAUUGAAUAACAUGCACUCAAUCUUUAGACAUUUCCAAUGUGUUCUGUAAUGCUACAAUUGCAUUAACAAAUACUAAUGAUAUACUUACCAAAUCAAGAAUUCAAAAUAUGAAUAAAAUAUACAUAUAUUGAAUUUAUUGUUUUGUUCGACAUCUCUGUUGUUUUGUUUUGAAUUUAUUGUU